UGACCCAAGAGUUCAUUAGUCCUCCUUAAAACACAGGACUGACCGCUCUGCUGCUUCAGAAACUGGAACGAUGAGUUGGGCAAAGCCAGGAUGGCUCCUUUGGGCGAGUUUUGUCGGAUUUAUGGCAUCGGUGCAGAGCGUAAGACGAGAAGAGUUUUUCGCCUUCGGUCCCAGCGCAGGAGAUCAGUCACUAAACUCAGGGAAUGACCAGACCCACCGCCUCUCACUCAGCAAGCCCGUGUUUUUUUAUGAUGGCACUUUCGACAGCAUUUUUAUCAACACCAACGGUUUCGUCGCCACGGCAGAACCAACAAGCGAGUCGACAUACCUCGGUAAAAUGCCUCCCAAAUUUGGCAUGAUCGCAGCUCUGCAGGGGGAUCUGGACACAAGCGAUGGCUUGGGGAGCGUUUUCUUCCGUCAGGACUCCAGUCCGGAUGUUCUGCGUCAGGCGGCUGAGCACAUCAACAGGGCCUUCCCGGACGACGAUGAGGUCAGUCCUACAGCUGCCGUGGUGAUCACCUGGAUGGACGUCGCCGCUCAUGAACCCCAAACCAGAGGAGAUGGCAUCGAGAAGAAGAGAAACACCUUCCAGCUGGUUCUUGCCUCCCUGGAGACUGUGUCAUAUGCAAUUCUCCUAUACGCCAGGGAUGGAGUUCAGUUUUUAUCCACACAAAUAGGAGACAGGGAUAUGAUCAUGCAUUCUGGCUUCAGCCAAGGUUUGGUCCGAAGAUUCCUGUUUUCCAGCCAGGGACAAUAUUACCGCACCAGCAUGGAUGAGGAGACUUCUGUCAGGGCAUUAGCAGAGGAGACAAACUCUGGCAUGCGGGGUGUAUGGGUUUAUGAGAUCGGAACGUCUCCCCAUUUUUCCAAUGUUGCUCCUGGGGAAGUCACUGAUCUGCCGCCGGAGGCCCCACUGCCAGUUUUGGAGCACGAAGGACAGCAGAAAUAUGCUCCCAUUGAUCCAGAUGGUGAACAGAUUGAAAUCCUUCCUCUGCCAUACCAGCCACAUCAGCCACAGAACCCCGAAGUAGUUGUGAUCGAUGACCAAGAGAUAAAUGUAGAUGUAUUUUCGUACAACCUUGGGACAUGUGUCAACAACAGAAAUAAAUGCUCCCAGUUUGCAGACUGCAGAGAUUAUGCCAGUGGAUUCUGCUGUCACUGCAGACCCGGCUACUAUGGAAAUGGACUGCAGUGUGUGGCAGAGGGAAAGCCACAAAGGAUGAAUGGUAAAGUCAAUGGGAGGGUGUUUGUGGGCAACUCUCAGUCUCCAGUGGAGUUCAGCAGCAAGGACCUCCACUCGUACGUGGUGGUGAACGACGGCCGAUCCUAUGUUGCCAUCAGCGACAUUCCUGAUGCUCUGGGGCCGUCACUGAUGCCAUUGUCGGCCAUCAGUGGUGUAAUCGGCUGGGCGUUUGCUCUUGAGCAGCCUGGAUUUAAGAACGGCUUCAGUCUUAUUGGGGGAGAGUUCACCCGACAGGCUGAAGUGACCUUUCUACCAUCAGGCGAGAAGCUAACCAUCAGGCAGGAGUUUAAAGGGACGGACGAACAGGACCACCUGGUGGUGACCACCACCCUGAACGGCCAGAUCCCUGAGAUUCCUCCAGGCACUUCCAUCCAGUCUGAACCUUACACAGAGAUCUACCAGUACAGCAGCAACCUGAUCACCUCAUCCUCCACUCAGAAUUACAAGCUGGUUUUCCCUGAAGGAACCAGUGAAAACAGGAGGUUUCAGUGGCGUCAGACCAUUUCCUUCCAGGGCUGCCAGCAUGGCGAGGUUUCAAGGGACUUUAAGCCGACGCAGCUGCUAAGCGUGGAUCAAGUAUUCACUCUGUAUGACGCUCCAAACCAGCUCCUCCGUCUGGCCAUGAGCAACAAGAUUGGAGAUGUCAAUGGGGGGGAACCAGAAGAGAACCCAUGUUUUACUGGGAGACACGGCUGUGAUACCAAUGCCAUUUGCCGACCCAGUCAAGGAAAUGAGUUCACGUGCCAGUGUGCCUCAGGAUUUAAUGGUGAUGGGCGUACAUGUUAUGACAUCGAUGAGUGCAGAGAAAAUCCCCAGAUCUGUGGACCCAACUCAAUCUGCAACAAUCAGCCUGGGACUUUUCGCUGUGAGUGUGAUGAAGGGUAUCAGUUCGGUAUAGAUGGACGGACAUGCAUCGAGGUUGAUCGACCAGUGAACCACUGUGAGGAAGGAACUCAUAACUGUGACAUCCCUGAGCGAGCUCAGUGCAACUACAAUGGAGGUUCCUCGUACAUCUGCACCUGCCUCCCAGGGUUCGCAGGAGACGGGAGAUCGUGCCGGGACGUAGAUGAGUGCCAGCAGACCAGGUGCCAUCAGAACGCUCUGUGCACAAACACACAGGGUUCAUUUAUCUGCCAGUGCAGGCCGGGUUACAGCGGAGACGGUUCCUACUGCUCCUCAGAGCGGACCAAAACCCAAUGCGAGAACAUCAGAGAACGCCUUCUAGGCCAGAUCAGCUUCAAUCCACGUGGACCUCGACCUGUCGGACAGUUCAUCCCUGAGUGCGACGAAAAUGGCGAUUAUCGGCCUGUUCAGUGCUUCAGUAGCAUUGGGCAGUGCUGGUGUGUGGAUCGAAAUGGACAAGAGAUCCCUGGGACUCGCACAGACGAUAGCAGCCAGCCUUACUGUCUCCCUCAUGGCAGUACGGCUCCACCUAUUGGACCCCGACCUCGACCCGAUGUGGUUUUGCCCCCAGGGACACACCUCCUGUUUGCCCAGAGCGGCAGGAUAGAUCACAUCCCAUUGGAAGCUUACAAUAUGAAAAAGCAAGAUGCCAAGGCUGUCCUCCAUCUUCCUGGGAAGGCAAUCAUUGGAGUGGCCUAUGACUGCAUAGAGAAAAUGAUUUACUGGACAGAAAUUUCAUCUCCUUCAAUCAGCAAGGCUAGCAUAGAUGGAGGAGAACCCACUGCUGUCAUCACAUCAGAUUUGAGCAGCCCUGAAGGGAUUGCCAUUGACCACAUGGGUCGAACGAUGUUCUGGACCGACUCCAUGGCCGAUCGCAUUGAGGUGGCGUCUCUGGACGGGACUCAGCGUCGAGUCCUGAUAGAUACAGAUCUCGUGAACCCCCGAGCCAUCGUCACUGACCCCAUCAACGGGAAUUUGUACUGGGCUGACUGGAAUCGUGAAGCUCCGAAAAUUGAAACUUCCUACAUGGACGGAUCCAACAGGAGACUGCUGGUUCAGAGCGAGCUGGGCCUGCCGAACGCCUUGACGUACGACUCUCAGAGCUCCCUGCUGUGCUGGGCGGACGCAGGCACACAUAAAAUAGAGUGCAUGAAUCCUGGCCGGGCUCAGCGCACCACGGUUCUGGAAGGACUCCAGUACCCAUUUGGAAUUACAACCUUUGGGAAGAACCUCUACUACACUGAUUGGCAAAGGGAUGCCGUCGUUGAAGUGGACCAAUAUGCUGGAAAGGAGUUGGAUGAGUUCCAGCCACAGAAACGGGCCAACAUCUACGGGAUCACCACGGCCUACGCCCGGUGUCUUCCAGGUCAAAACUACUGUUCUGUGAACAACGGCGGGUGCACUCAUCUCUGUUUAGCGACGCCGAGAGGCCGCGCCUGCAAAUGCCCCGACAGCAGAGAGAGCGUCGGCUGCGUGGAGAGAGAGUACUGAAUCCCUCAGAGAGUCGACCGUUCUCAGUUGUUUGGACCACUCGGUGUUGCGAAAUCUUUUGAAAAAAUUGGAGCAAAAGUCAACUUUUUAACAUUUCUAUUCACUAAAAUCUCAUCCAUAAUAGGUUCUGUACAUAAAAAUACACUGUCAUGUUUAAUUAUUUCCUGAGUGCACAUAAAAUAAGAAUAAAGCUCAAGGGAUCCAUAAUUUAAUGUGAAGUUUAUUGGAGCAGCAUCUGGUGUCAGUGGUGUUACACUGUGUCAUGUCCGACUAAAAGCUUAUUAGCUUUUAUGGUCUCAGUGUUGACUUGAUUAGAUAAACAUCUCUGUGAAGCUGGUAGAAUUACAUUACGUACUGGCCAGUUAAUAAAUAAAUGUUUUUCUACCACUCUGA